AUGGAUGAUUUUGACGAUCCCUCUGAUUUCUCGUGUUAUGAUCUUCAGGAAUUGGAUAAACACAUGCGAUGUCCGAUAUGCAAAGAACUUGUACAGACACCCAUGAUCCUUGCUUCAUGUUCCCAUACAUUUUGCGCAGGUUGUAUUCGCCGCAGCAUGGUGCGUGAAUUGUGCUGUCCAUUGUGUCGUGAACCAACAAAUGAAAACAUAAGUGUUGUGACAUGUCCUGUGUGCUCUCAAACGAUGCUUAUGAGCGAGCUUAAUUCACAUAUUGAUCAAUGCGCAACAAGCGAUGCUCAUGCCUUUCAUCCUUUCAUGCCCCGGGUGACACACCCUCAGAUAAAAUGUGCGGGCAAUCCUCCAAAGAAACCUACAAAAUUUGUAUAUGGUAUGCAAUCUGAUAAAGAUAUGCGGAAUAUACUAAAGGAUCUUGGGCUGGAUACCCACGGUGAUAAACGUAGAAUGAUAUGGAGACAUAAAGAGUACUCGCUUCUUUAUUCAAUCAAUGAAGAUUCUCGGAAUCCUCUUGACGCAAGAGAACUCAGGCAAAAGUUGAAAACAACAGAAUCAGAAUAUUUCAGUACACAAAAGAAGAUUCCGAUAGCUACAAUUGAUCCUGAGGAAUACAAUAUCCUUUUGACUAAAAAAAAAAGUUGA